UGGGAUCACACAAGGUCCCUCCCUUACACAGCGGCUAUAAAUGUAUUGAGUGCAAGAGCUCAGAAGCUCAGAGAGAAAAUGUCUGUUGUCGAGUCACUGCUGCAGUUUUCCAGCACAGGUACAUUACUGGGAGCUUUGCUGAUGCUUCUGGUUUUGUAUUUGCUUUCCUCUGGAUCCAAAUCUCAGAAAGAAGGGAAAGAGCCACCGGGACCCAAACCAGUGCCGCUGUUGGGGAACCUGCUGACCCUUGACCUCACGAGACCCUUUGACACCUUUUUUGAGCUCUCCAAAACCUACGGGAACAUAUUCCAAGUGUUUUUGGGUCCCAAAAAAACUGUGGUCUUAGUUGGAUACAAAACUGUCAAAGAAGCUCUUGUGAAUCAUGCUGAAGAGUUCAGCGACAGGGAUAUUCCACCUAGUUUCAGGAUAAUGAACGACAAACAUGGGAUCAUCUUUUCCAAUGGAGAGAACUGGAAAGAAAUGCGACGCUUCGCUCUCAGCAACCUGCGGGACUUUGGGAUGGGCAAGAGAGGAAGUGAAGAGAAAAUCAUAGAGGAAAUUCAGUAUCUGAAAGGAGAGUUUGAUAAGUUUGAAGAGAAACCCUUCGACACGACACAGCCUGUGAACUACGCUGUGUCAAACAUCAUCUCAUCUAUCGUGUACGGCAGCAGAUUUGAAUACACAGACCCUCAAUUCACUGAAAUGGUCGACAGAGCAAAUGAAAAUGUUCGGAUUGGUGGAUCAAUUUCUAUAUGGCUUUACAACACAUUUCCGUGGUUGGGUCCAUUACUGAAGAGCAAAAGGAUUAUUGUAAAAAAUAUUAUCCAAAAUAGAGAACAGAUGAUGAAGUUGAUCAAGGCACUUCAGGAGACUCUGAAUCCACACGACCGCAGAGGAUUUGUCGACUCGUUUCUCAUCCGCAAACAAAACGAUGUGAUAUCCGGCAAGAAGGACUCAUAUUUUCAUGAGGAGAAUCUUAUGAUGUCUGUGACAAAUCUGUUUAUCGCUGGUACCGACACCACAGGAACGACUCUGCGCUGGGGUCUGAUGCUUAUGGCUAAAUACCCUCAUAUACAGGAUCGAGUUCAGGAGGAGAUUGACAGAGUGAUCGGUGGACGUCAGCCAGUGGUGGAAGACAGAAAGAAAUUACCUUAUACAGAUGCUGUGAUUCAUGAAACCCAGAGACUGGCAAACAUAGUGCCCAUGAAUCUCCCUCAUAUGACCAGCUGUGACGUUACCUUCAAUGGAUACUUCAUCAAGAAGGGCACCACUGUAGUUCCUCUGCUGACGUCUGUUUUGAAGGAUCCAAGCGAAUGGGCAAAACCGAACAGCUUUUACCCAGAACACUUCCUUGAUGAGAAGGGCCAAUUCGUCAAGAGAGAUGCUUUCGUUCCCUUUUCUGCAGGACGCAGAGUUUGUCUUGGAGAGAGUUUGGCCAGGAUGGAGCUCUUCCUGUUCUUCACUUCCCUCCUUCAGAGCUACCGCUUCACGACUCCACCUGGAGUGUCUGGAGAUGAGCUGGAUCUCAAAGGAAUAGUAGGAAUAACGUUGAAUCCGUCUCCACACAAGCUGUGUGCGAUCAGACGCUCCUGAAUGAAGAAAAUAUCAGCAGUCCUUUAAAAAAAAGAAAAGAAAAGAAAAAGAAACCAAACAUCUCAGUUUGUUUCAGUAUGAGUUGGAAGAUUUCUGCACAUCAGAGUAAAUGUAUAUAUGUAAAUAAUAUAAGCAAAAGUGUGAAACCAUGGUUGCAACCACUUCUGAAUUUUUGUAAAACUCCUCAGAUAAAUUAAAGGUUGAUAUGUCAAUAGGAACAACAUUUUGAGGCUAUUUCCUAGAUUAUAAUUCAUUGAAUGUUGUUACUGUUUGUUUUGGGAAAUAAAAACCUGUUAUAAUUUGGAUCUAGAUUGAGCGCAAAAGCGACCACUCGCGAAGCGCUCUUUCACAGAUAUUAUUAUGACUUAUGUCAUUAUUAUGAAUAAUUUCGACUUUUUAUGCCAUAAUUAUGACUUUUAUACAGUCAGCAAGCAGCUUUUUAGAAUAAACAAAACAGAAUUUUAUGAAAGAAUAACAAAUUAUUUACUUUUUUGAAAUAUUAUCUUGCUGGACCUCUUUGUUGAUAAUUGUUUGCAUUAUUUGACAUCUGUCCAUUAAUUUAUUCACUGUUGUUGUAGUGUAAAUUGUAGUUUGCUGCUUUAUCCUCACAUUAUGGAAUUUUAAAACUCACGCAUUUCACUUCACAAAUAAAUUAUGAUUUUUGGCAAA